AUGGGUAAUUUAUUCGGCAAACAACGGCCAGCUCUAACACCAGUAUCACAACAGGACCAAGCCAUUUUGCAGUUAAAAAAUCAAAGAGAUAAAAUGAAGCAAUAUAUAAGGAGAAAUGAGAAACAAAUGGAACGCGAGAAAGAUUUGGCGAAACAAUUGAUAAAAGCGAACAAAAAAGAUCGUGCCUUAUUAAUUUUAAAGAGGAAGAGAUAUCAGGAAUCAAUGACUGAAAAAAUGUUGCAACAGCUAGAUCAAAUUGAAAGAAUGGUAAGUGAUUUGGAAUUUGUCGUCAUUGAACAGAGAGUGGUGGAACAACUGAGGCAUGGUAAUGAAGUCUUGAAACGGAUGAAUCAGAUGAUUUCAGUUGACGAUAUCGAACGAAUCAUGGAUGAGACAAAGGAGGCAGCGGAAUUUCAAGAAGAAAUAUCAAACAUGCUUAGUGGUAAGCUCGGUGAAGAUGAUUUGGAAGAAGUCGAAAAGGAAUUUGCGAAAUUAAUAGAAAAUGAAGGCGAGCUUGAUUUUCCAGAAAUCCCAUCAGAGUCGUUGUUUGCUAAAAUACCUGACAAAAUAGAAGAGAGGCGUGAAAGAGUAGCAUUAGAAGCAUCGUAA